AUGGCCGACGACGAAGUUUUUGUUUUCAAGUUCUACCAGUACAACCCGUCCCUCUGGGCAGCCGCCAUCAUCCAGUCGGCCGGCUACGGCGGGAGAAUAUGGUCGCACUUUGACCAGGAGGCCAUUGGUGGCUUCGUUAUUCAGGAAAUUCUGAUCCUCGUGGCGCCCGCCCUCUACGCUGCGUCCAUCUACAUGAUCCUCGGCCGACUGAUCCGCGCUCUGCGCGCCGAGCACCUCUCCUUCAUACCCGUCCGGUGGUUGACCAAGAUCUUCGUCAUCGGCGACAUCGUUUCCUUCACCAUGCAGGCAGGCGGAGGCGGGCUACAGUCUGUAGGAACUCUGCAGAUGUACGAGCUUGGCGAGAAGAUCAUCAUCGUCGGUCUGUUUGUGCAGAUCGUCAUCUUCACCAUCUUCAUGGGCACGUCCGUGACGGUCCACCGACGCAUCUCGGCCGCCCCGACUCCUGCUGCCCUUCGAGGAAACGUUCCGUGGAAGAAGCACCUCUGGGUGCUGUACAUAACGAGCCUGCUCGUCCUCGUGCGGAGCGCCUUCCGCGUCGUCGAGUACCUGCAGGGCAAGGGCGGCUAUCUCAUCUCCAACGAGAUAUUCCUCUACAUAUUCGACGCGGCGCUGAUGGCAGCUGUCAUGGGCAUCUUUGCCGUUUGGUACAUUGGGGAUUUGGAGCAGGACAAGUCGGACGUCGACAUGGAGAUGCAGCCCAGGUGA